CGUUAUUUCAAAUGAUGAGCACCUCUUACCUUUUAUGUCUAGUUGUUUAUAUUUCUUAAACUAUGAAUAUUGAAAGUCAUCAGAAAUUCUUGGAACCAGAUCACAACAAGGUCUAUCAUAUUCGAUUACAAGAAAAAGAAACCAAAGUCCAUGACACUCAAAGUUUUUACAAAUUGGUGGCUCUCAACUAAAACAAAUUAAAAGAUCCUUCAUUCGCUUAGAUAUCGAAGCAGGGUCCUUAGUAUAUGAUGAUGCAUAAUUAUAAGAACAUCUAGUAUACUGCAGAUAUAGGAAUCGGAUCACCAAGUAAUACUUUUAAGGUUGUGUUGGACACUGGAAGUGCCAAUUUAUGGAUAGAUUCAGAUAGAUGCUAAGAAGAAGGUUGUAUUAGACAUAAACAAUAUAAACAUGAGGAUAGUCAGUCAUUUUUACCCUUAAACUAAGAAUUAAAUGUAGAAUUUGGUAGUGGAGAUCUGAAAGGCAUUGUCAAUGCUGAUACGAUCUUUUUUGGGGAAGUCACUUUGCCAAAAUAAAAUUUAGCUGAAAUCACAAAUGAAAAUGGAGCUAUAUUUAGAGACUUGGAUUUUGAUGGCAUAUUAGGUUUAGCUUAUCCAAAGAUGGCUCCUUAAGAUUUCAAUCCAGUCUUUGACAACAUGAUGGAAUAAGGGGUAUUAGAAAGAAAUCAAUUUGCAUUUUAUUUUGCCAAAGAUGCUAAUGAUAUUUCACAUAGUGAAUUUACCUUGGGAGGUUACAAUCCAGCUCAUGUUGAUGGAGAUAUUCACUAUCAUAAAGUUAUCGACAAAUAUUAUUGGAUGAUCAAAGCAGAUAACAUUCUAGUUAAUAAUAAAGAUAUAGGUUUGUGCAAUCGGUCCUGUAGACUCAUUGUCGACACCGGUUCAUCUAUUAUGAGUGCACCCUUUGAUGACUUAGGGACUUUAUUAAGAGAAUUGAAUGUGAGGUCUCAUUGUCAUGAAAUCAACACUUUGCCAAUCAUCACAUUUUAAAUUGAUAGUGUUGAUUACACUUUGGAACCCAAUGAAUAUAUAAAGCCAACCAAUUUUGAUGGUGCUCAACUUGCAGAAUUAAACGAAGGGGAUGAUUUAUAGGCUUUAAUUGAAGUAAACAAUUGGGAUUGUAUAGCAGCCUUCAUACCAUUAGAUAUUUAGCAACCUCAAGGACCUGCUUGGAUUUUGGGUGAUAUUUUUCUUAGAAAGUACUAUAGUAUUUUCGACAGGGAAAACGAUUCAGUUGGAUUUGCAAAAGCAAAAAAAUGA